AGGCAGAGUAGCCUACGUUUGAGAGAACGUUCAUUUAGCACCGGGUAGAGAGCGAGGAGGUGGUUAGGAUACAGAGAGCUGGUUGUCACUGACGCUGGUGCUGUGUCGGUGUGUGUGUAAUCAUCUGAGAAAGAGGCACAAAGCGAGGCUGUAUGCGCACGACUGAACAAGGGUGAAUUUGAAGAACGAUUUUUUAAAUCAACCAGCCAACGCGAUGGAGGACCCUCUCCAGGAAGAUUUGGCAACUUUAUCAGAGCUGAAUGAAAAAAGUUUACUUGAGUCUCUCAGUCAACGAUUUAAACAGGAUAAAAUCUAUACAUACAUUGGUGACAUUUUGCUGGCAGUAAAUCCUUUUAAGUAUUUGCCUUUAUAUGAAAAAGAGGUAUCAGAAAGAUACAAAUUCCAUGACAAGAAGGCUUUGCCCCCUCACAUAUUUGCUGUUGCCGACAGGGCAUACCAAUCCAUGAUGGGCCGACUAGGAACUGGACCCAUGAACCAGUGUAUAGUCAUCAGCGGUGAGAGUGGAGCAGGGAAGACGGAGAGCACCAAGCUGCUGCUGAGGCACCUCAUGGAGCUGUGCAGAGCCAACUCGCAGCUGGAGCAACAGAUCCUCCAGGUGAAUCCUCUUCUGGAGGCCUUCGGGAAUGCCCAAACGGUCAUGAAUGACAACAGCAGUCGCUUUGGGAAGUACAUCCAGUUACGCUUCUUAGGAACCUCAGUGAAAGGAGCCAAGAUCAACGAGUACCUGCUGGAGAAGUCGCGCGUGGUGCAGCAGGACGAGGGCGAGCGCAACUUCCACAUCUUCUACUGCAUGCUGGCGGGCAUCUGUCCCGACGACAAGGAGAUCUACGGCCUCCUGGAGCCCGAGCAGUACAGAUAUCUGAAUGGAACAUCCCUGUCAGAUGACAUGGUGAAUCGCUGGAGUAAGAAGUAUGCAGAUGUGUGUAAUGCCAUGGACAUGGUGGGGUUUGAAGAGCAGGAGAAGGUGGACAUGAUGACUAUCCUGGCGGGCAUCCUGUCUCUGGGCAACAUCAUGCUUGAGCCUGGGGAGGGCGACGCACUAAAGGUCACCGAGUCGUCCGUGGGCUGGCUCAAGGCGGCUGCUGGUCAGUUCGGGGUUCAGGAAGAGGAACUGCUGAAGAGUCUGACCUGCACCAUGUCAGUCACACGAGGGGAAGCCAUCCGACGCCUCCACAGCCAGCAGCAGGCCGAAGAUGCCCGAGAUUCCAUUGCCAAAGUUGCCUAUGGAAGAGUGUUUGGAUGGAUAGUCAGCAAAGUCAAUGAGUUGCUAGCCCCAAAUGUAGAUCCAGAUGUUGAACUCUGUGAAAUUGGUAUCCUUGACAUUUUUGGCUUUGAAAAUUUUGCCGUGAACCGGUUCGAACAGCUUUGCAUCAACCUGGCCAAUGAGCAGCUACAGUUCUUCUUCAACCAUCAUAUCUUUCUGAUGGAGCAGAGGGAGUACAAGGAAGAGCAGCUGGACUGGGAAGUCAUCACAUACAAAGACAACAAGCCCAUACUGGAUCUCUUCCUCACCAAACCCAUCGGGAUCCUCUCACUACUGGACGAGCAGAGCGCCUUUCCACAGGCUACAGAUAGAAAUUUUGUGGAUAAACUUAACAGCAAGUUUAAGUCCCAUCCCAACUAUGAAGUGGUGCGCAGCCACAGUCCUGCAUUCACGGUUGUGCACUAUGCAGCAAAGGUUCAGUAUAACGGUGUAGGUUUCCUGGAAAGGAACAGGGACACCAUCCCAGCCAGCAUCAGAGGCCUCUUCAUCAACAGUGUCACGCCACUCCUCAGCCUGCUCUUUGCUGCUACGAUAUCUAGGACAGGAACUUUGAUGCCCCGCAAAGCUAAGCUUGCACAGAUUGCAGAGGACAACUUCAACUCAACCAGGAAACAAUCCGUUGGGGCCCAGUUUAAGCACUCUCUUGGGGUUUUGAUGGAGAAGAUGUUCAAGGCCAGCCCUCACUUCAUCCGUUGCGUUAAACCCAACCGCACAAAGUCCCCCGAUGACCUGGACAGCAACUUCGUCAUGGACCAGCUCCGCUACAACGGCUUGCUGGAAACUAUCAGAAUACGUCGAGAUGGAUUUCCCUGGAGACCGACCUUCAAGGAAUUUGCAGAGAGGUACAGCCUCCUGCUGCUAAAAACAGAUAUACCUCCCAAUAGAGAAAGCUGCAUGUACAUCCUCAACAACACAGGGCUCACUGGCUGGACGUGUGGGUCCUCGCGUUUGUUCUUUAAGUAUUGGCACCAGGAAGAGUUGGCUCGUCUUCUUGACAGACUUGGGAAAGCCGCCAUUGUCAUACAGAAGAACUUCCGUGCGGUGAUGUGCAGGAAGAGGUACCUGCAGCUGGUGGAUGAGAUGCGUAUACGGAUGCAGGCCCAGAGAGAGGAGGAAGAGAGACUGCAGAAGGAGGCUGAGGAGGAGAGGAGGAAACAGCUCCUGCUGGAGGAGGAGGAGAAGAGGAGACGGCAGCUCAUAGAACAGGAGAACAAGAGGCCAGUAUCUCCGCCCGUUCCCCUGCCCAGGAAGAAGAAGCCUGAGCCCAGGCCUCGCUCUUUCUUCUCAGGGCCCCAGUCGGCGCACCUGGCCCCUGUGCCUCGUCCACGCAGCAAGCUCUUUGAGGCUACGCCCUUUGAUAACGAUCUAGACGGACCGGCGCACGAAGAACGUGCCAAAGAGAAGCACAAGCGGCGGAGGAACACCAUCCGAUGGUUCCGUGAGACGCAGGCCCGUAAGGUGGUGCAGAACGGAGAGUUCCCCUGCUGGUUCCACGGGAUGAUCACGCGCCGGCAAGCCGAAGACCUCCUCACCGAUAAGCCCCUUGGCUGCUUUCUGGUCCGAGUUGGGCAGAGUCGGGAGGGAUACACUCUCACAUUCAGGGGGGCAAGUCGCUGCCGGCACUACAUGAUCGAGAUGCAGUGCAAUGGGAAGUAUGUGAUCCUGGGGGAGGACCGGGCCCACCCCUCCCUCAUAGACUUGGUGCAGUACCACACGCAGGUGGGCAUCAAGCCCUUCAUGGAGCUCCUCACUGUGCCCUGUGGACAGUCAUGUGACCAGCAGCCAGACUACGAGGAGCUGGAGUACCUGUUGCCGUCUCCUCCCGAGCACGCUCACCGCGGGCCGGACCCGGUGGCCCAGGAGCUGCAGCGGCUCUUCGUGCCCCCGGACCAGACCUCCGGAGCGCUCCAGCCCAACAAGCCCCCCGUGCUGCGGAGGAUAUCGGAACACCGGAGGCAGCUGGAGGCGCUGUCCAACCAGCAACAGGCCGACCCGAAAGACAAAGCCAGGCCGCGACUGUACCCCUCCAUAAGGCUGGCCAUGAGGGAGAUUCAGCAGUUACAACAGCAAUUCUCAGACAGCGCUGAACAGACUGAUGUAGCUCCAGGCAAUCGCUGGGCGCCCUGGAAGAGGACAGAUUCCUAGCAUUCAAAGAAAAGGGACCAAAUAGAACAACACUUCUUCUGCUGCUGCGGAACCGAACUGGACAAAGUUGUGUGUUUGAGACACACUUUUAGAACAACUUGUAAAGAGAACCUUUUAAUAGUGCUUGAAAGUUUUUAUUAUUAUUAAUAUUAUUUUGUAUUAUUAUUAUUAUUAUUAUUGUUGUUGUUGUUGUUAAUUGACCAUUUUGUUUGUGUGUUUCCUCUGUGUAUUUAGUAUAUUUAAUUGUAAAUUAUGAUUUUCUAAUGCACUGAAAUAAACACUUCGGUU